UAUACUAGGGUUCCACCUGUUGCAUACUAAACCUAGCGCUCCUGCGUAGGGGCCUGUAAAGACCACGUGUCAGGCUGCUCCGCAGAGUCAAAAUUGUAUAAAAGACCGUUCGUAAGGUUUUUUUUUAGUUUUAUCGAGAUGGCUGAAAAGACGAACAACAAACUUGAGAUGGCUGCAAAGACGAAUGACAAACUUACGAAUGACAAAUCUUUUGAAGGUCUUCAAAGGUACUGUAAGAGUGACAAACUUGAGUAUCCUGAUUUGUAUUUUCCGACUGAAGGUCUUCAAAGGUACUGUAAGAGUAAAAGAAAUAUCUUCGAACUUUUCGACAGAAGAAUUUCUCCUUGUUUAGAUUGGAGAUUACGUUUGUUCAUAAAUAUGAGAGUUCGCGACAAUGUGGAAGUUUUGAUGCAACGAGAUGAACAAGGAGAUACAUUGUUGCAUAAAGUUUGUGAAUAUUGGGACGAAGACAAAGAAGAUUGGGGAAUUUUUGAACAUUUCGUUCAAAUUUUUAUAAGAAAUAAUGCGGAUUUAAAUGUGCAAAAUAACGCUGGAGAAACUCCUGUAAUGAUUGCCAUAAAGAAGGGGCAAAUAUUGCUAACUUCUUAUCUUUUUCGCAAUGAGGUGGAUUUGUCUAUUUGUGAUUAUGACGGAAAUAGUGUUUUGCACAAAGCUGUUAUGUCUUUACAUUUGCAUGGUUUUUAUGCUGUUGGCAAUUGGUGUGAUUUUUUGAGACGUUCUGAAAGUUCCUGCUCAAAUGUUGAUCCUCUGAAGAAAAACAACCAACAUUUAACAGCAUUACAACUUGCAGUAAAAAUGAAAGAAGAUUUGGAGAAGAAAUGUUCUCAAAAGGAAAUUGAAGUUUCUAAAGCCGACAAAGAUGACUUAUCUAUUCUUAAAGAUAUGGUUAUAUAUUUAAAAAAUAAUAUUUCACAACUUUGAUUUAAUUUUUGUUGGACUGGUAUUUAAGUUAAAAUAACUUCAAUUUUUUAUUAAUUGAGUAUAAAUUUGAAGUUUUAAAAAAUUGAAGGUUAGUUGAAGUUUUAUAAAAAAAUUGAAGUUUAAAAUUAUGGGUUCUUUUUUGAGUUUUUCUGAAAAGAAGGAUGAAGACGAGUUCUCAAUACAGUAUUUUGAAGAAAAGCUUCAACAUAAGGGAGAGUUGACAGAAUUGUUAAAAUUGGUUUCUGAUAAAAAACUUUCACAAUUGGAUAAAAUUAUAUAUAUGGUAAAAGAUGAUCCAACAUGUUUAAAUGAUCGUGAUAAGUAUGGAAAUACUGUUCUACAUCGAAUAAUUCCAAACAUUGAAGAAAUUGAUUUGUCUACUUGGAUGGAACAUAGAUGGUUAUUAAAGCAUCUUAUAAAAAAUGGAGCCGAUAUUGAAGCGGAAAAUAUAAAUCACGAAACUCCUAUAAUGAUUGCUGUUCGUAAAAGAAAAUGUAAAGUAAUUCAAUUUUUGGUUGAAUGUGGCUGCAAUUUAAACAAGCAAAAUUAUCGAAAAGAGUCGGUUUUGCAUCUGGCAGUAUACGAUGAUUGUAUAACUGUUGUUAGUUUACUUCAUUCUUAUGGCGAUUCACUUUUGAACGAAAGUUUAAGAAAUUUCGAAAAUUUUACUGCUUUAGAUUUGUUGCAAAAAAAUGUUGAGUAUAUUGAAGAUAGAGACAAAAUGAUCACAAUUCUUACAACGCCUUCAAAUUUAUAUAAAGAAAAGUUACUUCAAUAAUAAAAAAUGUAGUUACUAAUCUACUUAGUUAAAAUGUUCAUAUAUAGUUGGUUUUACAUAACCGUAUGAAUAAAAAUGUCUUUGAUUUUCUCAGCUUCACUCAUUGCAGUUUUUGACAUGAUUUCAUCUAUUGCGCACAAUAGUGUUACUCUUAUCGCAUCAUGGCAAUCGAACAACGGGUCUUCAUAGAUGAUGCUUCUUUUUAAUGAAGUGACAUUGUUAACGGUAUGCAUCAUCUCUCUUAUUGAACUGCCAAUUUGAAUUUGAGUAGUUCUUCUCCGUUUGUAUUCAGCAAUCACAUCUGGGUUAUUAGGGUUGUUAAUGUAGUUAAUAUUAAUCGUUGAUCUAAGGUGUUUUAGUCGAGCCCCGUUGUUUUCGUAUUUUGUUAGUUGGUCCGUCAAAAGAUAUUUGCAAAUGUUCAGAAUGUCGAAAAUAAAAUGAUCGAUUAAGUAUAUCGAAAGUUGUUUCAAGUUGGUAAAUAUACCGAAUUUCUGUCCAGUUAAUUUCAGCAUUAAAGGUUCGAGUCGAUCUGUCAAAUGUGGUAAAAAGGUAGCAAAAAGAUGAUCGUCAGAAGAAGGAGAUAAUGAAAAAUCUUUUAGGUUAUCAAUAGCUAAGCCAAUUUGCUUUAAAGUCUCAAAAAAACGGUCAUUUUGUCGAAUGUUAAAAGGGAAGUUAGAUAAAUUUCUACUCACAGUUGGAACAUCGUCAGAUAAAUUGUAGUUAAAGAUGUUAAAGGGUUGUGGAACUGUUGGUCUUUCUUCUUGAGGCUCUGUAUCUGGUUCUGAAAUAGGUGGCGUUUGCGGCAGGGUUGCCAGGUCUCAAAAUUGGCCAAAGCCAAAUCUUGCUUGUCAAAAAUCCAAAUUAAGCCAAAUAUGAAAUCGAGGUUUUAGAACAAUAGAAUCGAAGAAAUGAAAACGAGGCAUCUAAAGGUUUUGCAAAUUAAUGUUAAUUUGACAUUAUCCGACAAUUUCAAAAAUAAGGUAUAAUUAAUAGAAUUCAUAUUCUUUACAUGUCUUUCUGAUUUCUCGUGGCUCAACAGAUUAGAUGCUUUAGGAGCAAUUGCUCAACUUGCAAAAAGCGUUUUGUGAUCCAUCAGAAGCUUGUUUAACCCAUGAAUAUUUGUCUUCCUAUGACUUAGCGUAACGCCGCCCAUUCUCGUACGAAGAUUUCAAUUUAGACAUGAUUGCAAGAGAACAAGAAACAGCAAGGAUAACCUUCACAUUUGCAUAAGUACAUCGCACCAGAGAUAAACAUGUUAUGACACUUCACACAUCAUGUUCUACCUUAAAAAGGAAACCCGAAAGUCUCAGAGAAAUGUACUAAAAGGUGUUAUCCAAUUAAAUUGAAACAGCUGUUGACCGAAAUAUCUGUUAAAAAUUCAAAUGUUCAGAAAAUUUUGAGAACUUUUCAUAUAAAUCCAAAAUAAGCCAAAUUUUGGGCCAAAUCCAAAUAAUAUUUUGAAAGCCAAACAAGUUUUUAUAAAUCCAAAUUUCUGGAAUUUGGAUUAGAAAAAUCCAAACUGGCAACCCUGGUUUGCGGCUCGUAGGCUAGUGGAGUAGGUGGACUUCGUACUGCAGGAAAGGAUUUUCGGGCUGUUGGAGUAACUUUGGUUGGUUUUGGAGUCGAUUCGUUGAAGUUUUCUACUUCUGUUGCUGAUUCGCUUGCCGUGAGUGUUGUUUCAGCGUCCGUAUCCAUAUCUGGAGGGACGAGUGCUCGAAUUGCUGGCAUUAGAGGGAAUGAAGGUUCUAGUAGCUCUUUUAGUCGGUUGAAUUCUUUUGAUAUUUCUGCAUGAUUUACAGUUGCAGAACCUUCGCAUUUCUUUUUCGGUGAUGAUUCGUCUUCCGAAGUUGAUGUUCUUUUAUUUGGGCGUCUAAAUGAAAAAAUUGAAGUUUAAUAAAAAAAAUUCGAAAAGUGUUUUCAAAAGAUGUGUAAGUUAAUUAAACUAAAUGAACAGUUUAAAAAAGAGUAAAAAGAAAAGAAAUAUACUCACGAUGCUAGUAGUCUUUUGGACAAUAAAGAUAACGGAAUUAAAUCUUCUUCGUCGUCCGUAAAGGCUGAAUCGAUAGCUUUUUUUACUUCGAAUGCUUGAUUGUUCGUCAUUUUUUUCGACUUUUUUCAAAUUUACGUUCGUUGGUUUGACAGUUUGUGAAUUUGGGAGUUGGUUAAGUGAUUUUAUAAAUGAUUGACAUAUUACGCAACGGAUGUUAAAUGUGGAGCUUUACUAUUGGCUAAUAUUUUAAAUCUUUAAAUGUCAUUCAUAUGAUUGGAUACUGAGAAGCGUCUAUUGUUUAAAGUCAAAUAAGAAAAAAACUUCAAAUUUAUAAAAACUUCAAAUUUUUUUAUUUGAAGUUAUUCGAAGGAACUUCAAAUUUUGGGUUUUGAAAAAAAACUUUAAUUUUUUAAAUAAGGAAUAACUUGGAUUUUUUUUAGCUUUGAAAAUGAAUAAACUUCAAAUUUUUUUGUUCAGUAAUAAUGACGUCUAUUUUUUAAAAAUAGUUUGAAAUUAGCAUACAAUACUUCGGUCUAGCUAUAAAAGCGAGAGCUUUUUUUCAAUUCAGUCAGAGCGUCUGGGGCCAGAGCAAAGGUUCAUAAGAGAUAAAGAGAUUGGUUCAUCAUACAAGGUACAUUUACGAAUAUGGUUUUUUGCAAAAUAUGUUCGUUAGAAUUUCCUGAUAAUAAGUCUUAUGAUAUACAUGUUAAAGAGAAGCACUUUUCUUGUGAUUUAUGUUCUAGUGUUUUAAAAACACAGAAUACGUUGUCGAAGCAUAAGAGAUUAUACCAUGAGAGGAAUUUUCAUUGUCGUUAUUGUGACGAAUCUUUUUCGACUGUUCGUUCUUUGGCUUUACAUCGAAAAAUUUAUCACGAAAACAACGAGGAACAUGUUUGUGAUAUUUGCGGUAAAGUUUUUCGUAAGAUUGGUAGUUUAAGAAAGCACAAGACACAAGUUCAUACUAAUCCACUUCAAUGCGAUUUAUGUCAGUGUGAAUUUAGAUCAAAAUACAAACUUCGUAGCCAUAUAGCGAAGGAACAUUCGGAGAAUUGUUGUAAUUUUUGCGGUUAUGGUUUUUUACGAAAGAAGGAUUUGUUUCUUCAUCAAGAAAGGCAUUGUAAACAAUCUUUUAAAUGCGAACAUUGUCCGUUGGAGUUUAGUUCUUUGAUGUUGUGUAACAAACACAUGCUUAAAAAUCACGGUCGUUUGGGAUUUCAAAUAGAAGCGGUUCCUACACAAUGUUCUGUUCGAAAGUUCGUAAAUAGAUUAAAGUUUUUAUAUGAACCUUGGAGAGAAGACAUAAAUGCAAUUCAUGAGGAGCAUUUUUUUUUAAAUGCUGUAAAUAAAGAAGUUAAAUUAAUGGAAUUGUAUGAUACGAGUGGUGAUUUAGUGGGUGAAGGGAAGGCGUCUAGUUCUAAACAUAACGAAGAAAAAGGGCAGGAAGAUAUAUUAACGAACGCUGUCAAAAAGGUACGAUCGGUAUGGAGAUAUAUGGUAAAACAGGCUUAUUUAGACAAUGCAUCGGAAAUUAUGUUACAUUCUCAUAAGUCAGAAAACGGGGACAUAAUAAAAAUAAAUAUUCCUUACAUUGAAAACGUUCAGUUUAGACAGUUUUUGGAAAAUUCAAUACAUGAUGUAUAUAACGCAGCCGUACAUCAACUACCUUACAAAAUGGGAAUUGCGUUCGGUUUUAUGCUUUUGGAUACAGAAAAAACGACUGUAAGGCAUUGGUAUGUUGACGAACAUUUAACUAGAACACCACAAAACAAAGAUAUUCUUCAUCAAGUUCCGAACCUUUUCGUUAUAAAAAACAAAAAUGACGCAGAUUCUGUUAUCGAAGAUUUAUAUAAACAAAACUAUUUCGACUUGGUUCGGAGAAUGUUUCAUUCGUAUCGAGUGCAUAUUUUACGAAUAACAAAUAUGAAAAUAUCAAUAUUUAAAAUGAACGACGACAAAAUGGACGAUUUAGGAGGUCGGAGUAGCGAAGACGAGAGUUCGGAUGAUGAAGAUGAUGACGAAGAUUUUGAAGAUGAAAGCGAUAUCGAAAAGAAUGAUUUUCUUUUAUUAGAAGCUGAAGAUGAGGAUGAUGGUGACGAUUUAGACGAAAACGAAAGCGAUUGUGAUGUUCAAGAAAAUGUUGAAAAAUCAGAUUUUAAAGAUUCUGAAACAGAAAAGGAUUUAACAAAAUUACGUUCUUUUUUAAAAGCGGGGUUAAGAACAAACAAGAUAUUUAAAGGAUUAAAAAGGGAUCUGCAAAGAAAUGUUGGUGGAGUCGUAAACGAUAACAAAUGUUUUUUCAGGAUGAUAGCUGUUUCAUUACUAUUAGUUGAUAAGGAAAUAAAAUUGGAGAAUUUGAUAAUGCGGAAAGUCGAAAAUACUCAUAUAAAAACGCUAAUUGAAGAUAAAACGGCUGAACUCUUUAGGAUGUAUGCUGAAGUGUACAAGCUUACUCCAGAACAAAUAUUAACUUUCCAAGGUGUAUCUGUUAAAGUCAUGCCUGCUAUGGAGUUUUUGUUUAAGUGUAAGAUCAUGGUUUUUAUUCCUAAGGUUUCGAAAGGUAGAGUGAAAAUGGCUUUAUUGUCAAAAUCUUCGAACAGACUUAUUUUCGAGAAGAAAAUGAAUAUUAACUUGAUUUUGUUUAAUCAGCAUUAUUAUUUGGUUAUUAAGAAAAGACUUUUGAUGGACAAUAUUAGUUAUCUGGUAUGCGGACAGAAUUUUACGUGGAUGAAAAGUUUGUUACGACAUAGAGCUGGAAGCGGUAAAAAAAUAACACGUUGCAAUACUGAUGUAACCCUUAUUAGCGCUACUGGAGUUGUUGAUGUUCAUGAACUUUUUCCUGAAAUGUUGAAAAAAAUGUUUCAUUUGCCGGAUGAACUAUUAAAAGAUAUUGUAAAAGACGAGAAUAACGACAUUGAUAACAACGGAAAUAAUAAUGAUAUGUAUUUUAAAAGAAAUAUGGUUUGUUACGAUUUUGAGAGUUUGCUUAAAAGAACGACUUUGAGUGAAUUAAAAAAUCGGAGAUUAAAGAGUAUAAGAGACGGCUUUUUUGAUGAAACCGAAGAAAACGAAAGAUUAAAAAAGGAAGCUGAAGAACAUUUUUUGACAGAGAGAGAAGUUAUGCAAGAAUUGUACGAUGAGGAGUUUGUGUUUUCUGAUGAUGGUGAAUCUAUAAUUUCUUCGCAACAGUUCAAAGAGAACUCCACUGAUUUGACUAUAGAUGGGGAGGAAUACGUGUUUGAAAAUAUACCUCUGUCGUACGCAAUAUGCAGCAAUUUGACAACAGAGCAUAUAGAUCAUUUACAACCAGAUGAAAAUGGUUAUUCUACUGUAUUUCGCAUAUCUGAAAAUCCGGCAGAAUUGAUAAAUUUUUUCGUCGAUGAUCUGGAAGAAUUGGUGAAAUUAAAUAAAGAAAUGGAAUUUAAUAGAUAUAGAGAAGUUAUUUUAUAUAUAAAAAGAUAUUUUGCCGAAAGAAAGAUACUUAUUAAAUUUACUACUGAGGAGCUAAAUUAUCUCCACAAUGAUGACUUUAUAAGCGCGAUUGACGAUGAGGAGGAAGAAGGUGAGGGGAGUUUUUUUAACGGAUUUGUAAGUGUGAGCUCUACUUUAAAAGAAAAAAAUAUGUCCGAUGAUGAUUUGGUUACAAUGUCGAAAGAAAUGGAAAUAAUGGAAAAGAUCGGUAAAGAUCCAAUGACGUUGAUCGAAUGUUAUACACCACAAAUUCGUAUGUUUAAAAGAUUUUUGGAUUAUAUAUCUACACUUCCCGUGUUUGGGUUCAACAGUAGCGCGUAUGAUAUUCCGUUAAUAAAGAAGGAGUUAAUACAAGUUUUAAAGGAAAAAGGAUUAAAUUUUAGCAACAUCGAAGAUAUCAAUAAUCAAAAGACAAAUGGGAAAGAUUUAUUCGUAAUAAAAAAGCAGAGCAAAUAUAUAGAAAUGAGCGUAAAAAUCGAACACGGGCGGUUCAAAUUGUUAGAUUUGAUGCAAUUUUUAGCGCCAGGAUUUAGUUUACGAAAUUUUAUACAGUCUUUUGCUGCAGAAUUUAAAAUGGAAAAGUUUUUUUUCCCAUACGAAUACAUGUCAAGUUAUGAUGUAUUAAAAGAAACUUGUCUCCCUCCUUAUGAAUCGUUUUAUAGCACGUUGAAACAGGGGAACGUGUUAGAGGAAGAGUAUCUCACCUAUUUGGAAAAAAAUUACAAAGUUAAAAAAAUGCUUCUAAAUACAGCUCCAGAAGAAGUUAGAAAAAUCGACACAAAUUUACCAUUAUCCGGGCUUGAACAAUACGAAAUGAUUAAAAAAAAAUGGCGUGAAUUGGGUUUUAAAACGUUGAAGGAUUUAUUGCGUUUUUACAAUCUUAUGGAUGUUGUCCCGUUUGCUAAAGCUAUCCAAAAUUAUGCAAAGGAAUUGAGAGAUAAUCAUGUGGACAUGUUUACGAACGGUAUUUCGUUACCUGGUUUAGCGAAGAAAAUUUUAUCGCGUUACAUGUACAAAGGAUCGAUGUAUUAUUUAAAUAACAUGGAAAUAAUUAAUAUAGUAAAACAAUCGGAAGUUGGUGGGCAGUCGAUAAUUUUUACAAGGGAGAAUAGUAAAAAGCAUCCGUAUAUCGUUGGAUAUGAUUCGAAUUCGCUUUACUUGUGGUGUCUUGGCGAAGGACAGUUUGUCAGAAAACCGUCAUUAUACGUUAAUCCUGGUAUUCCAAAUUUUUUAAUUCGAAAGAGUACCGAUUUUACUUAUAAUUACACAAGUCACACAUUCCAAAGUGAUCUGUUGAUGACAGAAAGGAAAAGAAAAGUUACUAGUUCGAAAGUACAAAGUCAAGCAGAAGAAGACUAUUUUGAUUUUAUACAGAAAGAAAUUUACACCGAAAAUAUAAUUCUCAGAAAUCAUAAAAUCGUUUUUACUAAAUAUGAGCAAGAAAUACUGAAAGAGUUAUAUACUAUAAAUGAUAUUGGAAUAGAACCUCUGAAAUGUAUUUAUGUGGACGGUUAUUUAAAGGGAGAAAGACGUGUUUUUGAGUUUCAAGGCUGUUAUUAUCAUGCUUGUGAAAGAUGCAAUAAAUACGACUAUGUUACGUUCAAUCGUUGGGAUAAAGCGACAAAAAAAAUGAUUGUUAUGAAUGCUGUACAAAUUCGAAAAAUAGACAAAAUUAGAAAAACUUUUUUAGAAAAGUCUCGAAAUUUGAAAGUAACUUUAAUAAUGGAGUGUAAAAUACGAGAUCAUUAUAGGAAUAACGUGUGUGGAUACAAAGAUUUUGUAGACGAAAAGAGAUCGUAUGAAGAUAAGAUGAAAUACUAUUCCGAUACUGGAAGUGACUAUGUACCAACCGAAUAUGUGAAGGAUAUGUUAGUAGCGGGACAAAUCAACGGAAUUGUUGUUUGUGAUAUUCAUUGUCCGGAGCAUUUGAAAAAGCACUUUGAGGAUUUUGCACCGAUCAUCAAACACGCGAAUAUUAAAUAUGAAGACAUUGGAGAUUAUAUGAAAGAUUUGGCAGAUGAGUUAAAAAUUAUUUUUCCGAAAGAGGGACGGAAAUCGGUAAUAGAU